AUGAGCCUCGCAACUUCAUUGAAAAAGAUUCUCGUUGUUGGCGGAAAUGGAUUUAUAGGCUCGGCGGUGUGCAGAGCAGCUGUUGCAAAAGGAUUGGAGGUGACCAGUGUCAGUUCCUCAGGAAACCCUUACCGCACUCCCAAAGGUCACAGUCCGUCCUGGACAAGCAAGGUGAACUGGCAUAAAGGGGAUGCCCUUAACCCUCAAUCAUUCGCCCACUUGUUCGAGGGUGUGGGUGGAGUCGUACACACGCUUGGAACCCUCCUCGAAGACGGCGCGUACAAACGCGCUAUCCGCGAAGGCAACGUGCCUGCUCUCGUGAAGAGCUUCCUGGGAACGGGACAGGACAGCAACCCUCUUCGUAGAAAUGUAGCUGAAGAACAGCAGGGAAGUUACGAGCGCAUAAAUCGCGAUUCUGCUCUCCGUGUUUGCGAAUCAUUCCUCGAGUCUUCUAAGACCGCGUCGAAUGUUCCAAACCAACCUCGACCCUUUGUAUAUGUUUCUGCGGAGGAUAUUUUCCGACCCAUAGUGCCUGCAAGGUAUAUUGAAACGAAACGAGAGGCCGAGCAACGUAUCGAAGAGAUGAUGCGAGAAAAUCCCGAUUAUAGAGGAGUCUACAUUCGACCGAGCUUGGUGUACCAUGCUCAUUUAAGGCCACUGACGACACCCAUUGCGACCGUGCUUGAUGUCUCGGCCGCAGUCCAUCGUAAACUUCCUCGAGGGUUCCCCGCGCCUUCUUCCAUCCUCCGUUCACUAGGGUCCGUGUUUCCUCAGUCGUCAAGUUCUUUGGAAGAAGCAUCACCGUUAGAUUCGAUCGCGAACGCGUUGACCUUACCUCCGAUUCACGUCGACCAGGUCGCCGCUGCUAUCAUGGCGACUCUAGACUCGUCGCGUGAUGUUCGAGGUGUGGUGGGGGUGCUGCGAAUGCGAGAAUUGAUAGGAUGGGGGAGUGAUAAGAAUGUCACGGUCAAGCCAAGUGUUGCCUGCUAA